UAGCUCAAGCGAGGGGGCCAUGUGCAAAAAACGCCACCGUCUGCGUUGAAGACGGACUCGUAAAAUUUUGCCUUGGUAUUUAUAGAAAAUCCCCGACUCUCUCCUCUCCCCAUCUCUCUCGAAUCCGACUGGAUCUCUCUCUCUCUCUUUUCAUCCUGAUCGGAUCCCGGUAAUGGAUAACGAGUGUUCUUGUUGUUGAAAAAAAGCAGGAAUUUUGUGCAGUGAAGAGCUCAAUUCCGUAGAUUGUUGAGCGAAGAAGAUCGACAAUGUUUUCAUUGUUCUAUGGUCUCUGGAAGCAUGUUUUCAGCAAGACCGAGUUCCGUGUACUUAUCCUCGGAGUCGAAAAGGCUGGGAAAACUACUUUGCUAGAGAAGUUGAAGUCCACAUACACUAAUAUGGAAGGGCUCCCUCCUGAUCGAAUUGUUCCAACAGUUGGACUUAACAUUGGUCGUAUUGAAGCUGCCAAUUCAAAACUUGUAUUUUGGGACUUGGGAGGUCAGAUUGGUCUACGCACAAUUUGGGAGAAGUAUUAUGACGAGGCACAUGCAAUAAUAUUUGUAAUAGAUGCUUCACGCCCUUCUUCUUUCGAAGAUUCCAAGUCUUCAUUGGAAAAGGUACUUCGACAUCAGGAUCUAAAAGGGGCACCCAUUCUGAUACUAGGGAACAAGCAGGAUCUCCCUGAAGCUGUAUCAUCUGAAGAACUUGCUAGAUAUCUGGAUCUCAAAGAGUUGGACGAGAGGGCACACAUGUUUGAAGCUGUUUCUGCAUACAGUGGGAUGGGAAUUAAAUUGGCUGUCGACUGGUUGGUGGAGGUGAUGGAAAGAAGUAAAAGAACAGAACUGCUUAGGGUACGUGCAGGUGCAUAUGGAAACAUUUAGUAACAUCCAUACCCAACCUUAAUUUGGAUCAACGAUAUCUACAGCUGAGGCAAAUAUGAUGCGGAGACAGUGAAAAUUUUAUUCAGACUGUUUGGAAUCAUGAUCUGCUUUGUUUCUGCGUCAAUUGCAUUUAUGUCGAUCUCAUAUUGGCCAAAGAAAUUGCGAUCAACUGCUCCCAACCUUCACACCUGUGUAAAUCAGCAUGUAUUGUUUGGAUCUAGUUACAGUGACAACUUUUUCAAUAUAGCAUCAAAUACAAAUGGCUACGAUGGUUUUUGUAAUCUUUUAAGUUUCUGAAAGAACGAGCUGGUAAAGCUCUGGGUUACUCUGUCUGCUGAGGGACUAACUUGAUCUUGUGUAGUUGGAGAAGGUAAUAAUAUUGAUAUGGAGAUUCUUUUGCAA